CUAUUAAUUUUAAGGAUAGUCCGCUGUACAGUGAAAGUUUGGUUGGUUCUUGGUCAAACCGUAAUUAACAAACUUUCCCAGAUAAUAAAAGAAGGGAGAAUAUUUAACAACACUAGUACAAGUCCACCACUUUAUCUUUCUUCUUCCUCUAUUUCCUUAUUCUCAGGGAAAUCAAAUCAAAUCAGUUUUAAGGGCUUCUUUUUUAAAUUGGUAGCAUUCUUUCUCUGUCCCCUCUAAAAUCAGAAAAGUAUCUGCCUUUUCACAUUCCUCAAUCUUUGCUUUUUGUUCCUUCUCAAAAGGGAAUCUUUACCGUCUUUCUUUUUCAGUUGUGGGUUUUGUCUAAAACCCCCUUUUCUGGGUUUAUCUGUGUUUUUCUCUCUCUCUAUCUUUCUUACAAUUAAACAAACUGUGUGCUUUUCUCUCUCUCUCUCAAAGUUAGAGACUUUAUUGUUCACACCAAAUGGGCUAAACUCGGAGAAAGAGGUGUAAGAAAUUUUCUCCAUUGAUGAUCAACUGUUUCAAAGACCCAUUACAUGUUUUGAUGACUGUUUUGCUUUCCACUAAUGAUGACGAUGAUGGUCAUGAAGAGGCUGUUGUGGAUGAUCAUAGCAAUGAUGUUAGGGAAGACUCAAAAGUGGACGCAAAGGAAGACGAAUGUCAAGUUGUUUGUCCUACUCUCACUCUGACAAGUAGUCUCAGAAAGGUGGAUUCUAAUAAGAAGGAGAAGAAGAAGGUACAAUGGGUGGAUUUGAUGGGGAUAAAAGAGCUUGCUGAGAUUCGAGAAUUCGAACCCAGUGGAGAAGAUGAUAUUGACUCUGAUGGGGAGAAAAACUGCUUCUGUGUUAUCCUUUGAUCUGUCCAUUUUAGUUUUGCUGGAGGAUCCAAGGACAAAGGACAAAGGACAAAGCUGGUGGCUCCAGGCAUUGUAAUCCCAUAUACAGAGAGAAUCUGCAUUUGUGUACAUACUGAAGCAUUCUUUUCUUCUUCUCUAGAAAAUGCUCUGCUUAUAUAAAAGUAUAGAUCUUUAACUUCAUUCGUUUCUUCAAAACCGUUUUAAUGGAGUAUGUUACAAAUCUAGCAAUCACUAUGUAUGUUGAUGUCUACUUAAGCAGAUUGAGUUUAAUAUGCACUAUGUAAACCAAAUGUCUACAUUACAACUUUUAUAUCAGUCUGGAACAGGUUCUUGUC